AUGGUGAACCAAAGACAACGCCUCGCGAAGAAACGCUUCAAAGCCGAAAACCCUGCACUCUUUCCUAAACCAGAACCCACUCCUCCAAAAGACCCAUCCAAGAAGAAGAAAAACAAAUUCAAACGCAAAAAGGCCGAUUCAAAAGACAAACCCCGCACCGGAAAACGCCCCCUUCGAGUCCCCGGAAUGAAACCCGGCGACAGCUGUUUCAUUUGCAAUGGAUUAGAUCAUAUCGCUAAGUUCUGCACCGAGAAAGCUGAAUGGGAAAGGAAUAAGAUUUGUUUGCGGUGUCGGCGACGAGGGCAUAGAGCUCAGAAUUGUCCUGAUGGGUCUAAAGAUGUGAAAUUCUGUUACAAUUGUGGUGAUAAUGGUCAUUCUCUUGCUAAUUGUCCGUAUCCUCUUGAAGACGGAGGAACGAAGUUUGCUGAGUGUUUUGUUUGUAAUGAACAGGGGCAUUUGAGUAAGAAUUGCCCUAAAAAUGCUAAUGGCAUUUAUCCAAAGGGUGGUUGUUGUAAAUUAUGUGGUGGUGUGACACAUUUGGCAAAGGAUUGUCCUGACAAAGGGAAGAAUGGAUUUGGUGGUGCUGCUAAAGGGGCUGUUCACAACUUGCUGAGAACGGACGAGAGACCCAAGGGUCAAGUUACCAAAUUUGUGAGCGGAGAUGAUAUGGAGGAUGACUUUACCACACAAGAAAUAAAAGACGAUGAGAAGAACAAGUCUGCCAAGUCCAAAGAUGGCAAUGUAAAACCAAAGAAAGGUCCUAAAAUCGUAAAUUUUGUCUAG